AUGAAUAACAUACACGCUCCGACUGUGCCUUCAGGCCCGACUAGCAACACAACAAGCAAUGGUCAUCUCGUUCGUCUCACCUUUGCAGAGCUUCAGAGAAAGAAGGAUGACGUAGAGGCUGAGCUGAAGGCCCUUGGCGCGGUCCUCGACUCUGUACGUAGAUCAGUCCUCUACACCUUCCGUCUAAUACGUACUACGAGAGCUCGUAUCAUCCACCUGCGAAACGACUACAAAGAUCUCAUGGCCAUGAUCGAGAAGCAUCUUCACGAACACUUUGCCAGCUUACAAGAGGAAGAUGAACCUGAAGCUCAGCUCUCCCGAAAUGCCGGCCUUCUGGCGGAUCACUCCGCAUCUCGUCCGCGGGAGGAACCCUUUGCCAAGGUCAACACUGUUGUCCCGGGAAGUCCAGCUGAGGCAGCAGGAUUGAAACCAGACGACGAGAUUCGCAAUUUUGGGUAUGUCAAACGCUCAAAUCACGACAACUUGAAGAAGGUGGCCGAGUGCGUUCAAGGGAACGAAGGUUCACAAGCAACCGGUCUUGGUUAUAGUAUCGAGGCCUACUUCCGGCAACCGGCAGGAAUUGCAGCUUACAUUAACUCCAAGGCGCAACUGGGGUGGCAGAGGUUUACUGGGCUGUCAUAUCCUGCCUCUGUGAUGAUGACGGGCUGCUUCGGUUAUGUCGUUUCCAGUUCGCGGUAUUGA